AUGGCCAGUAUUGACCGCUACCGACCCCCUCGCGAGGGCUAUCAGCCGCCCAGCCUCCCGGGAGGCUCCCGCAGCGACCGCCCAUCGCAAUCCCCUCCUCGGCGACGCGAGGUGCCGCCAGCGGCGCCGACCCCUCCUCAGCACACCACCCGUACCUCUCCCCCGCGUCCGGAUGCCGCGUCCGGACAGCAGUCUCCCGCGCCGUCGGGGAGGCAAACUCCUUCGCCCUCGGCCAGCCAGUGGUCGUUUACGUGGGACGAGGCGCACAGCACACCAAGCAUCAUCGACGGCCUCGCGCCAGCCGAGGAGAGGCUUCGAAGGGCCAAGGGUGUCAACUUUAUCUAUCAGGCUGGCGUGAUGCUUGACCUGCCCCAGAUCACCCUCUGGGUGGCGGGUGUUUUCUUUCAUCGAUUCUUCAUGCGGUUCAGCAUGGCCCAAGAGAAGGGCGCUGGCAUACAUCACUACAACAUUGCGGCCACUGCCCUGUUCCUCGCCAACAAGGUCGAGGAGAACUGCCGAAGGACAAAGGACAUCAUCAUCGCCGUCGCCAAAGUGGCCCAGAAGAAUGCCAAGCUCGUCAUCGAUGAACAAAGCAAGGAGUACUGGCGAUGGAGGGACAGCAUCCUGACGUACGAGGAGAUCAUGCUGGAGCAGCUCACCUUUGACCUCAUGGUCGACAACCCGUACAGACAUCUAUUCGAGCUUCUCGGACAGCUCGACAUUGUUCACAACAAGACCCUGAGGCAGGCAGCAUGGGCAUUCUGCAACGACGCGUGCCUGACGGCGCUGCCGCUGCUCAUCGAUGCGAAAGAUGUCGCCAUCAGCGCCAUUUUCUUCGCCAGCAUCCACACCAACCAGCAGAUUGAUGACGUCAACUGUGAGCCCUGGUGGAGAGUCUUGCGUGGCGACGAGGAACGUUGCUCCCGCGCCAUCGAGGUGAUGCGACAAUUUUACACAGAGAACCCGCUUAGGAAGCAGAAUCCCUCUCUGCCAUCGCCGGCCUUUGACCUGGAGAACACGAGGCGGCGGGCGGACACGCUUCUGAGCCAGCCUGACACGAUUUCAUCGACCGGCGGAACCCCCAUCGACGUGGAGCGAGCCAGCCGCAGCCCGGUGGCGAGGACAAACGGCUACGCCGACAGUCGCCCCGAGGCGAGGGGCCGAUGCCUCCCUCCGUCAUAUCAGGCGUCCGCCGGCGGUGGUGACAACGCUCCGAGAUCUCCGUCCAAGAGGAAGAGCCUCGAUGCGGACUCUGGUAGUGACCAUGAUCGGGCCGACAAACGGGCGAGGAUGUCGGAGGACGAGGGAGAGGUGGCAGAGGACUAA